AUGUCUUCAUGGACUGAAUCGCCGUGCGCACUUCAGCAGCUCAGUAAACGCGAAGUCAACAUGUCGUCCUUGUUGUUUGAACUCUUGACUGUCUCGCUUGGUCGCAUUCUUGCAACCUUCGGAAGUACAGAUGAAACGAUUGUUCAGGUUCAGUACGGACAAAAAAACUCGGACCUACCUAGCCACCCACGACCUGUGAGGACUAAAUCGAAAUCCCUGAUCUCAACUGAAGCAACCAAUCUGUAUGCUUUGACUGACGUGUAUCACAAAGCGCUUGAGGUGCAUGGUAGCACUGAAGCCUUGGAAUCUCAUCGAAGGCCUCUUAUUUCUAUGACGAAUGAAUUGACUGAUGCUGAACGAAUGCGCAUGAGAAUGAGGGUUGAAAAAACAUCUGCUAGCAAAGGUGCGGAUAGAGUUGUUGCCAUCGCAUUCGCGCUGAAUUGCUGUGAUGCUGCUUGCAAGUAUGCUGCUGCAUAUAUGACUGGUUCAAAGUCCUUGUUUGCCGAAGCAAUCCACAGCACUAUGGACACGUGCAGCCAACUGAUUCUUCUGAUGGGUAUUCGCUAUUCAGCUAGAAAUCCAGAUCUCAAGUUUCCAUACGGUUAUGGGAAUAUGCGGUAUGUUACUUCACUGAUCUCUGGGUGCGGUAUAAUGGCCUUUGGUUGCGGUCUAUCCAUUUAUCAUGGGAUUUCUGGACUACUACAUCCAGCGGAGCUGGAACCGCUAAACUAUGCUUACUACGCUUUAUUUCUGUCGUUUUGUUUCCAAGGCACAUCGGCAUUUAAUGCUUAUAGAGAAGUGAUUUCAAAAUCAAAACGAGCUGGUAUCAGUAUUAUUAAUUAUGUUCGUACCUCAGCUGAUCCAUCUCUCAAUGUGGUCUUGCUGGAAGACACAGCAGCUGUCUCUGGAGUGGCAAUAGCUUUAUGUGCUGUAUCAUUGUCCUCGUUGCUUGACUCACCCAUACCCGACUCAAUUGGAUCGAUACUUAUAGGAUGUUUACUAGGUACUGUUGCUUCCUUCAUUAUCCGCACAAACGCCGCCCAUCUUGUCGGAAGGAGUCUUCCACAACGGAUUACUGAUGAUAUCGUGUGUCGUUUGAACAAUGAUCCGGUGAUACGAUCAGUACACGAUGUGAAAGCGACUGCUUUGGGCGUUGAACAGUCACGUUUCAAAGCCGAAUUGGAUUUUGAUGGUCGUGCAAUCACCCGCGCCUAUUUGCACCAUAACCUGUGUAUCUUGAUGGUGAAGAAGAAUAGUAUUAAUGCGACAGCGGUACCAAUACCAACCAUUGGAUCAUAG